GACAAGGAAGCAAUUCAAUGGCUUCCCUCAUCCCCACUCUUCUAGUGGUGCUCUUGUCUACUCUUAGCUUCCCACUGGAAACCACUGCAAACAACUACUACUACACCUCUCCUCCUCCACCCAAGAAAUCUCCCCCUCCACCUUCUCCUCCUUACCACUACCAGUCUCCUCCACCACCGAAGGAGCAUUACAAGUACAAGUCUCCACCACCACCACCAUCACCAACCCCGGCGUACAAGUACAAGUCUCCUCCUCCACCACCAAAGGAGCAUUACAAGUACAAGUCUCCACCACCUCCACCAACCCCAGUGUACAAGUACAAGUCUCCUCCUCCACCACCAAAGGAGCAUUACAAGUACAAGUCUCCACCACCCCCUCCUACCCCAGUCUACAAGUACAAAUCUCCUCCACCACCACCAAAGGAGCAUUACAAGUACAAGUCCCCACCACCCCCUCCUACCCCAGUCUACAAAUACAAAUCUCCUCCACCACCACCUAAGGAGCAUUACAAGUACAAGUCCCCACCACCACCACGACCCCAGUCUACAAGUACAAAUCUCUCCACCACCACCUAAGGAGCAUUACAAAUACAAGUCCCCACCACCCCUCCUACUCCGGUCUACAAGUACAAAUCUCCUCCACCACCACCUAAGGAGCAUUACAAGUACAAGUCCCCACCACCACCACCGACCCCAGUCUACAAGUACAAAUCUCCUCCACCACCACCUAAGGAGCAUUACAAAUACAAGUCCCCACCACCCCCUCCUACUCCGGUCUACAAGUACAAAUCUCCUCCGCCACCACCUAAGGAGCAUUACAAGUACAAGUCCCCACCACCACCUCCUACUCCAGUCUACAAGUACAAAUCUCCUCCACCUCCUCCUACUCCAGUCUACAAGUACAAGUCACCACCACCACCAGUCUACCAUUACACGUCACCUCCUCCUCCUCACCAUUACUGAGAAAGGCUUAAGAGACAAAAUGGUAAGUUUAUUAGGAUGGCGAAA